AUGUCGAGUCACUGUCAUGAUGAGCAUGACCAUGGUCAUGGAGGCCAUUCUCACGAAGGGCACGAUCAUUCCGACGAUAUCACCCCCGCGCUUCAAUACUCACUCUAUCAACACAUCAAUUUUGACGACAUAACCACACUCAACGAAGCCUCCUCCGGAUCCGGAAAAGCCAUCGUAAAGAAAACAUGGGAUGAGCGAAUGAACGAACAACCAGAACUCGAAAGCGAUGCUGACGAGCAACUUCUGAUGCACAUUCCCUUCACAGGCCAAGUAAAACUCCACUCUAUUCUCCUCCGCACAUCGAAUUCAGAUUCCGCACCCAGGACUCUCAAAGUCUUCAUCAACCGCGAUGAUCUUGAUUUCAGCACCGCGUCGGAUCUGCAACCCACGCAGGAAUUCCAGUUGAGUCAGACGUCGGAGAUACAGGAUAUAGGGGUUAAGAGGGCGUUGUUUGGGAAAGUACAGAAUUUGACGCUGUUUGUGGAGGAUAAUUAUGGAGAGGAUGUGAGUCGCAUUUGUUAUCUGGGCUUGAAGGGAGAUUGGAUGCAGUUGGGUAAGGCGCCUACGAAUAUUUUGUAUGAGGCGGCUGCAAAUCCGAGUGAUCAUAAGGUUAAGGGUACAAGUGCGAAUCAGAUGGGUAGUAAUAUUGGACAGUGA